GGUGGGGGGGCGGGUCAGAGGCAGUGGGGCACCCGCGCAGGCCGCCGGGACCCCUACGCCACUGGCGCCAUCAUGUACCGCUCCAGUAGUGGCCGCUCCGGCCCUUCGUUCUCAUCUUCCUACCACCGCCUGAAAGAGGGCAGCUCGUCGGGGUCUCGCUCCUCCCGCUCCAGUACGUCGGGUCCGGGGCCAGGCCGUGGCCGGCCUCCCCUGCCGCCGCCCGCGGCCCCUAUCUCCGCCGCUUCUGCCUCGCCUCCGCGCUCCGCUUCGCCCCGUCCCCCGCCGCGUCGCCACCGCUCUCCGUCGGGCCACCGCGGCGCUUCCCGCCGAUCCCCGUCGCCGCACCGCAGCAGAAGGUUGCCAUCACCGCCCGGAGGACCGGGACCCGGCGGAACCCGGAGCCGCCGGGGGAGCGAGCACGGAGACGGCAGCAGCAGCCGGAGACGUUCACCAAGUCUCCGCUCUGAAUCUUCACUGGAACAGAGUUUGCGGAUUACAGUUGGUAAUGACCGGUAUUGCAUUGGCACACCAGAGCGAAGGAGGCUGUCUGAUAGACUGGGCUCACCAGUUGAUAACCUAAGUGACAGGGAUGAUAUGGCCGAUGGUCCAAUAUUCAACAGAGGCCUCUCAUGUCCUCGAGGCCUUGAGAGAUACCCAUCACAUGAAGAUCCACCUUCAAGUCCCUUCAUCAUGAGACAUGAUGAAGACUACCGCAACCGAGAUGUUUUCCUUCAUCGUUCAGAUUAUAGUCCACAUUAUGGUCGUCGCGAAGAGCUGCCUCACGGUUCUGAUAGAGAUGGUGACAAACUCAGGAAGCCCUCCUACCCAUCAAGGCCGGAGGAGAGGGGACGAGAAAUAAAGCGUCCACGAUAUGAAAAGGAUGAGAAGAUGCAUGUUACGAGUGGAGAGCAUCAGGGUUUCUCAUCAGGAACACGAAACUAUCGCAGACGAAGCCACAGCAGAAGCCAGAGCCCAUCGUACCUGAAUGAAGAAUUCCGAGAGCUUGACCGUGCAAGGAGGAAAAGAGAAGAGGAAGAGCGUAGUAGAAACUUGAAUCACGAUGUUUCAGAAAGUGGUUAUGUGAUCCCUGGCCUGACUAACACACUACAGACUUCUGAGCCUCGGUAUACAUACAGGCCUGAGGAAAUCCCAUCCAUGCCCAAAAAAUCUAUUUUGAAGAAACGAGUGGAGAUGGAAGUAGAAUCUCCUAUUCAGCCUGAGGGCUUUUCAAGCAGUCUGGAUCCCAGCAAGGAUCUUCCUCUUCUUUCUAGUCAUUCGUCUUUGCCCCAGAGCAACAACACUGCUCCUUUUGCCUCUGAAGUGGAGAACUUUCUCAAACGGUUUAACAAAGAUUCUGUUGUGGAAUCUGCAAACAAGGGGUUGCAUGACAGUUUAUAUGACUGGAGUCCACUUUCUGGGGCUCCCAAAGACAGUUUCACAUUUGAAGAGAAGUUUGGGAACUUCUUAAGUCACAAGGAAAAGGUAGAACCCAAAGCAGAGCUUGGGGAUCGCCAUACUGACUUCCUGCUGCCUCAUGAGAGGGCCAGUCAGGAUGGCAGUGGUUUCUCUCGAAUUCUGGGCAUGAUGGCUGAUUCUGUCAGUGCGCAGGAGAAGAGGAGGCGUAGUUUUCCUGACAUUGAGGAUGAAGAGAAAUUUCUUUAUGGUGAUGAGGAUGAAGACAGCAAAAUGGAAUCUUUUCCCCUUCAGAAGCCCCCAGUGAGUUGUGGUAAUGAGAUAAUAAAUCAGAAAUUGAGCCCACCUUCUUCUGCUCCAGCUGCCAAGCUGGAUCCUUUAGAAGAGCCUAAUGCUGAGUAUGCGAAGAUCCACGACCUACUCAAAACCAUUGGACUUGACAUUGGUGUCGCUGAAAUUGGGAAACUGGCUGUUCGUACCCAGGAACGCCUUCACGGCAAAAAGUUGGCAUCUUGUUCUCCUGAUCGUCGCUCUUCAGAUCCUCGCAGGCUGGACCCCUGGGACUUCUGUCGCAGCCGGAGCGACACUCGUUCUCCUGAGUCAGGCCAGCAAUGCUCAACAUCACCUCCUGCUUCUUUCCAGCAGUCUAAAGAUGCAUCUUCUCUUCAGAAAUCUGAAUAUACUAAGAACCAGCCAGUGGGACAGGAUAUACCUCCACGUGCACCAGAACAGCCUCUUCCUUCUGUCUCUUCUGUUUCUCUCAUUCCUUCAGUUCCACCAGCUCCUGCUAGUUUGCCACCCACACCAACUUCUAUCUCCCAAUACCAAAUUCCCAGCUAUUCCCAGUUCACUGCCGCUCAAAUGCCUCAGAACUAUCCACCUCCCACAAUGGCUCCUCCAGGAUAUGAUGCAUAUGGGCACUAUAUGGCAUAUGCAGCACCUAGUUGGCCUGUGUACCCCCCUGCCCAGCAGCCUAAUCCUACACUGCCAGAAGCUCAUGGUCUUCUUACUAUGGCCAUGCCAGCAAACCCCACGCGUCCCAACCUUCGCGUGAUUGAGACAGUCUCAAUGAGGAAGGAUGUUCCUGAUUUAAAAAGAGAUGGUUCUGUGCUUGUUCAUGUCCCUACGACUCCAACUCAUUCCAAAGUGCCCCCUCGUCUGUCUUCACAUCCUCUCAAAAAUACCACAGAAAAGAUAUCAGAUGAAAAAAAUCGUGCCACUCAAAAACAGAAGGUUAUAGAAGAGAGAGAAAAACUGAAGAAUGAACGAGAAGCACGGCAAAAGAAGCUUUAUUACCUCAAGACUGAGCUGGAUAGGCUUCGUAAGCAGCAAGGAGAGAUGUUGAGGAAAAAACGUCGUGAGAAAGAUGGACACAAAGACCCCUUGUUGGUUGAGGUGAAUAGACUGCAAGAGAACAUUGUGAAGGAGAUUUCAGAGCUGCAUAAAGAAUCUGAUGCAGCUGAUAAGAAGCAGUCUGAGCUUGACAAAGUAGCACAAAUCCUGGGGAUUAACAUAUUUGAAAAACCCCGGAAACCACCUGUAGAAACCAAAGAUUCCUCGGAAAAGAACAACAAGUCAGAAAACACGAAAGGUCCAGAGAAAACAUCUUCCUCCAACAAGGAAUCAAAAACUACUAAUGAAAAAUCCAGAGGUAGAAGCCCGAAGCCAGCAGAGUCAUCUUCACAGUCUUCCAAACAUCCUUUCCAGCUGGCCAAUAUUUAUGAAUAUUAUGAUGCAGGAAACCACUGGUGCAAAGACUGCAAUACCAUCUGCGGGACCAUGUUUGACUUUUUCACACACAUGCAUAAUAAGAAACAUAGACAGACCCUGGAUCCUUACAACAGACCUUGGGCAUCGAAGACCCAGAGUGAGACCAAACAAGACUCCAUAAAACGCAUUGAUAAGAUAACUGUUCCCGCUAAAGGCUCUGAGUUUCUGAUUCCCAUCACUGGAUAUUAUUGCCAGCUCUGUCAUGAAUUUUUUGGAGAUCAAAUCUCAGCAGAGCAGCAUGUGAAAAGUCAUCCCCACAAUGAGAAAUACAAGAAAUACAUAGAUGAAAACCCACUCUAUGAAGAGAGGAGAAAUCUGGACCGUCAAGCUGGAUUGGCUGUAGUUCUGGAAACAGAGCGCAGGCGGCAGAAUGAGCUGAAACGGAAGCUAGUUGAGAAACAGAAAGAAGCGAAGGAUGAGAAGAAACCAAAAGUAAUAAAGAAAGACGAAGCAAAUCCCAUCCCAGAACUUGGAGAAGGGACUAGUGAAACUCAAGACAAAACAGAUUCUUCUGGACAAAAAAUGGGUAUCAAGCUUAAGCUGAAGAAGGAAGAUAAGGAGGAGAAAAAAGAAGAAAAGAAAGAGGAAUCCAAAAAGGAAUCACCAAGCCAGACUUCCUUUGGGAAGUUCAGCUGGAAAAAGACUGAGAGAGAGGAUAAAACCCCAGGGGGUGCUGUUCCAAAGGAAGAGACUACAGAAGGAAACAAAGAAGAGAACAAGUGUCAGUCUGGGAAACUCCAUGUCAAGCCCAUUGAAAUUAAGCUGUCUGGAAAAACUGUUAUUCCACACACUAGCUCAUGGACACCAGUGGUUUCCACGUCAACAUCAACAAAAAUUCUACCCAAUCUACCAGUCCCCACCAUGAUUUUCAGGAAGACUACUGCUACAACAGUUAGCAAACCAGCACCAUUGAACACCUUUUUAUCCAUAAAAUCCUCUGGAGCAAUCACCAAACCACUACCUGUUGUAAAAGAAACCAAUGCAGAUCUGCUGCUGCCUCCAGAUAUCAUCUCAAAAGCUUUUGGAGGAGAAGAAGUAAUCUUAAAAGGGGCAGAGGAGGAUCUGAAAGAAGCAGAGAACAGCAGGCCUUCUCAGACCCCUGAUGUACCACCUCCCCCUCCUCAUCCACCAGCAGUCCAGCAGGUAGCUGUCAUCCCUGCAGAUGAAGUAGCUCCAGGUGUAUCUGAAAGUGAACAGACAAUGCUGGCAACGCCUGUGAGACCUCCUCCACUACCACCUUCAACUGCUUUCAGUGACCAGGCAAAAAAAGUAGAGAAACGAAACUCUUGCUUGGCCACAGCUAAUGCUAAAGAUCUCUAUGAUAUUUUCUACAGUAGUGGUGGAAAGAGUUCAGCUGACAGCAAGCUUGCAAGUUCUGUACUUCCAAAUGGAGACAACUCUAAUCUAACAAAACCUGCAGACUUAUCUGCAAACCUUAGAAGAAAUAAUAGCUCAUCCUCCUUGAAAGAGGAUUCUCAGAAUGUGGUUUCUGACAUUAGCCAAGGCCACUCAGCUGAGAAUAGCUCAGAACUGGAGAAAACUGGUAUUUCAGAGACUUUAAUAUGUCCUAAUGGGAUGAACUGUGACACUGAAAAUGGUAUUCAAAAAGAUGUAGGUAAAAAAUUUCAGACUCCUCUUUCAAUAGAUGUUCAGACUGAAUUGAAGGAAGGUUCCUCCCAGUGUAAUAAUCAAGUAACAGAAAGUUGUGUUCUUGGUGAGAAUCAGGCUGAAAUGCACAAGAAAUCACUUCAGCCUCAGCUACCAGAAAUGUUGGUCACAGAAUUUCCAGAAACAAAAACUGCUUCUGAAAUUGGACUUGCGGAUAUAGGAGGCAGAGAGCAAGCAGACACUCAAGAACUCAGUGAUUUACAGAAAACAGAGGUCCAAAAGAAAGUUGGACAGGAAAACACAAAUAAAACUGCAGUUACUAACACAGAUGUUCCUGGUUCCCUGAAGAAAGAUAUGGACAUGAAAGACUGGGAAGUACAAGCGGUAAAGGCUGAGCUUACCUUACACCCAAAAACUUUGUUACCUGAAACACAGAAUGAAAUUAAAAAUUUGGGAAGUGCACAUUUGGAGGAGGAAAUGCUAAGUGAUAAUUGUAGAACUCACUUGGAAACUGAUAGUCCAGACUUACUUUGUGAUUCUCAAAACAUUUCAAAAGAAAAAGCUUUGGUAGCAGUAAUGACAGAGCAGAAUUCUGUUGAUGCCUCCUUAAAACAUGUAAAACUGAAAAGUGUACCUCAGCCAGGAGCCCUUGACAAAGCUCCCCGAACUUCAGAAACACAAAAUAGGAUUUUAGAAUUGACAAGAAGUGAAUGGGACACUUCCAGAACUAGUAAUGGAGAAGAGCAGAUCAUCACAACCUGUUCAUGUUCUGAAAGUAGCUGUGAUCUACCAGAUACUCCAAAUGCAGAAAUAAAAACUGAUUCUAAUGAAGUUAGUGCUUCAGAAUUGACAGAGGUACAGCCAGACACAUACCUUGCCAAAACAGAAACUGGAAGUAGCAUAUUAGAAGCUCAAGAAACAGUUCGAUGUGAACCCUCAGACCAUGCACUAUUGGAUAACCAAACCCAAAAGCAGGAAGUUGCACAGUUGGGCAAUGCCUGCUCUGCAAACAUUGUUGAACUCAGAUCCAGUGUAGACUUAGCAGUUGAAGUUGAUAAAAAACCAUCAGGCUGCACGGGAUCUGAUGCAACAUUAGGUAGUGCUUUUAUCAAGAGAGAUGCAAAAGAGAUAGGGACUGGAGGCUUUCCUAGGGUUCACUCUGAUCUUGUCCAAGGGCCAGUAGUUGCUUCAUCAGCAAAUUUCCAUAGGAAGCAUCUUUCAGAAGAAGCUGUCCACUCCUCAGAAACAAAGCAUGAGGUUGUAAGAAACUCAGCAGCCAAUGACUUUCUUCUGAAUACCUCUGACUUGGGACUGAACACUGAACAAUCUGAAAGUCUCUCUGAAAAUGUUCGUGUGGAUAACGAGAACGUUUCUUUGACAUCAGAGGAUGUAAAACACAGUAAGACUCCUUCCCAGACAGCAGAGCUUGAGUUUAAAAGCACUGAUUUCAGUUUGGGAGAUACUAAGGAAUGCUUCAACAUCCUUACAGUGGGACUUUUAAAUGAGAAUGCAGAAGUUUCAAAAGUAGAAACUGUUGCAUCCCUUAGACUGGAGUCUGAUAAACUUAAGAAGCUGGGCACUGGAAAAACCAUAGAGGAAACAGAGAUUACUGAUUUUGCUACACUGACUUCUGAUAGUCAGGAAGAUAAAUUUUGCACACAGAUUUCUCAGACAGCUCUGCCGCAGCUUGGGUUGCAGUCCUCAAAUAGUAACACUACAGAAGUGGCCAUGCCAGUUCUAGAAAUGCAGGGUGUUUUGCCUAUGUCUGAGAUCCUUCUGCAAGUAGAAGAGAACAAAGGUGGUGCUGUUGAAAUGCCAUCACUGAGUUGUGAUGGAGGCAGCACAGAAAGUCAGGCUUCUGGAUGUGUGGAAACUGUCCUUCCCGGGGCUAAAGAAACACAGGGAAAGGAAUGUGGCUCAGGAGCCAAGGGAGUAUACACCAUCCAGAGCAAGAAGACUGAGCAAACAGAAACUGCUGACAGUAGCUUGGAAGCUACAACAGAUUCAGAAAUCGCUGAAAGCGUAGCAGAAAGCCCAGUGGGUUGAAGUGGUUAAAGUGAACCUGGCCAGUCCCAAUAUUUGAGGAGCCUGAGCUGGGAUUAUGUAUAUGUUUGGUGGGGUUUUUUUGGUUUUGGUUU